AUGCGCCCGAUGGGCGGCAUGGCUCCGAUGGGAGGUGUGGGCGGCGCGAUGGGCGCGAUGGGCGGCAUGGGCGGGGUGGGCGGGAUGGGCGGGAUGGGCGGGAUGGGCGGCGGCGCGCCCAUGGGCGGCAUGGGCGGCAUGCCCCCGCCGGGCAUGUGCGGGCAGAUGGGCCAGAUGGGAGGCGGCUGCGCUCCCAACCCGCUCAUGCACGGGAUGCCCGGCGCGAUGAGCAUGGGCAGUGGCGCGUCGGGCGGCGCCUCGGCGGCGCGGCGCAGUGUCUCUCUCUCACGACUGGCGCUGUGA